AUAAACCUAAUAUAUCUGUCUCUUUCACUUGAAUAUGGACAGGCAUGUGUUUGAGAGGAAGAGACUGAUUUGAGGAAUCUGAAUCAUCAAAAAAACUAGUUUCAAGAUGGCCUCCCUUUAGCUAAAUCGCAAGUUCGUGGUGAAUUAAUUUGUAUUUAUUCAGAUUUAAUCAUGAAACACUGUCUGUAGCUUAAUAAAUAAACAUCAAACAGUAAUUUUAUCACAGCCAGAAGAUUAUUUUGUAACUCCAAACUGCAAAAUGACGACUUUAACCACUGCUUUGGAUAAUUUAUUGAAGAGAAAAAAUGACUUCUGUUGCUUGUGUUUAAACAUAAUUUACGAACAACCUAUUCACGUUGAAGAUGAAGUGGCAGUUAAUAUAAACCAAGAGGAAGUCAAUGUAUCGGUUUCUGAGCUUCUUUCAACUAUCAUUGGUGUGGAGAUAAUAGACUACUUGCUAACUUUUGAGCACAUUUGCACUCAGUGUGCACUAACAGCUAUCCAUAGCUAUAGUUUUGCGAAAACCAGUAAAAUCAACUCCGAUUUACUGAAAAACUCCUUGAAUGGGUUAUAUGAUAGUUUUUCAAAUGUUGAAGAGCAAGAAGCAAUGAAUGAUUGCAAUUCUUUGUUCGUAUCUCUGAACACUGAGGACUUCACCAGCAGACAGUUCUACGAUAACAAAAGACCGGUCCACACUGCCACCGCAGCACACAGGAGGUUCCGAUCCAUGGUUAACAGUCCAAAACUAAAACCGAAGUUAGAAGUCGAAGUAUACCCUUUAGGCGUUAAAAAAGAAAAAGUUAAGAAGCAAAGGGGCAGAUUGUUGAUACAAAUACCAACAAAUGAAAUGCUUUAUGAUAACAAAGCUUCUGACAUCCAGUGUAAAGAGUGUUUAAAAACGUACCCAUCAAAACUGGGUUUACGUAACCAUUUUAUUCGUGUUCAUGCACCAAAGACAUACAAAUGUUCCAAAUGCCCAAAAAGGUUUGGAUCACCAGCCUAUUUGGAGGCUCACAACUCUGAGAGCCAUUCUCUUAUUAUUUGCAGUCAAUGUGGAAAAUCUUUUAACAAUAAACACACAUUCAAGAUGCACGAAAUGGGGCAUUACUUGAGAUUCGUUUGUCAAGAUUGUGGCAGAGUGUAUAAAAAUAAGACAACGUUUAGGAAGCAUAAAGAGCUAAACGUUUGCAGUCAACAAGUUAGAGCUUCUCCAGCAGAUGCUAAGUUCACAUGUGACUAUUGCAAUAAGAAAUAUACACAGAAAGUGUCUUUAAGAGUACACAUACAGUACGAACACGGAAACUACAAGGCUCAUGUGUGUGAACUCUGUAAUAAAAAAUUCUGGGCAAUAAGUCGAUUGAAAGCACACAUGGUCAAGCACACUAAAGAGAAAAACUUUUCAUGUAAAGAGUGUAAUAAAAAGUUUGUGACGAGAGAAUCUUUGUUAUAUCAUACACGUUUACACACUGGAGAUAAACCGUACGAAUGCUCUCAUUGUAAUGCCAGGUUUCUUUCAGCCUCACGGAGAUCGGAACAUGUGAAAAAACAACACACGGAUGCAACUUUGGAGUGUAACGUGUGCGGAAGUAAAUUCAGUUCUCAGAAUUAUUUGCAUAAACAUAAAAAGACACAUGACAAUGAAUUCAAUUCAACACUGGAGCCAGAAGUCAGUAAACCAGUCCGUACACAGAAAGUCAACACGUCCGAUUUCAAACAACUUACACAGGACUUAAUGAAAAUGGAAAGUGAAGAAUAUGGUUUUGAAAGUGGUAAUAUUCCUGAAGAGUCUUGUCUUAAAAUCAAGUUACUAAAUACUGAUAAUGAAUAUAUUGUAGAAAUGUUUGAAAACUAGCUUAUCAUCAAUCAAUCAUUCGCUCGACUAUUGUGGUGAGCCCACUCGUGACACAAGCAUAUUUCGCUUCGUACGAGGGGCUAAUAAUGGGAGUAUUAUAAAAAGAUAAAAUGUUACUGAAACUUAUAUUCUUAGGGUAAACAUAAUUAAAUCCAUGUUUGUUAUAUGAAUGAACAUCAAAACAGCUUGAUGCUUUAUUUAUUUGUAAAUGUUGUAAUUUAUGUUUAGAUCUUAUACAUAUAACAGGAUGGAGAAAAUCUGCACUUUUUGGGACAAAUUGGGACUAAUUUCUCUCACUUGUAUCCUGCCUAUAAUUAUGUUUCCUUACAACUUUUAGUAUCCAUCCAAUGAUGUUGA